AACAUGCUCCGCACGACCAUUGCCCGUACCUUUCGUGUUAACCGUAUUGUUACGCUUCGGUCCUACACCGAGGGAGCGACCGGUAGCGGAAUUACCCGUCCAGGCGGUGAAGCCGCUGGGUUUGUUAUUCAUUUUUCCACCUUUGGUAGGCCCUGGUGGAGAAUAAGUAGCUGACAUCUACAAUUAGUGAUGCUUUCACCAAACGAGAGAAGGCAAACGAGGACCUUUACGUCCGCGCACAGGAGAAGGCUAAACUUGUAAACUUCCCCACCCUCUCUCUCUGUACUCUCUUCUAUUCGAAUGCGGACAUCGCUAACGAGGAAAUAACAAUAAUAGUUGCAAUUGAAGGAAAAGCUCGCAAACCAGCGUAAGCACUUGGACGAACUGGAUGCUCACAUGUGUGUCCCCCGAUAUCGAAUCUCGAAAAUAGAAAACACCAAACUAACGGUAGCCCCACUACAGCGACGAACUCACCCGGGAACAGGGUGGAGAGCACAACUGAUUCCCCUUUCACUCGGCAAGCAGGGGAAGGGCUUCUGAAUGGUAUAUCCGGUUAUCGGAGGGCGCUUCUUUUUCCUCACUUUCUUCGUAAAGAGGGGGAAGGGAUGGAACAAAAUGAUUCAGUAGCAUAGGCCAUGGGCUGAAUGAGUUGUGGUUUCUCAUAACGGGACAGUUCAAUUCAAAGUUUGAGAU